ACCAACAUACACACGUUGCUAUGAGAAUAGCUUAAUCGUAUUCUUCAAGAUCACACAAACGCAAUUAUAUAUAAGCAUCGAUCUUUCGAUAUUUGUUCUCAAACGUUGUUUAAAAGUCUUUGACGAAAGAACUCCAGUGAUAAGGAAAUAAACGCAUAAUUAUAUUAAUCAAUAAGAGAUAAGGGAGAAACAACUUUCCAUAAUCCUUAAUCAUGAAAUUUGUCUUAAUAUUUUAUACUACAACGAUAUUGACAUGGAGUGCAGCAGAAUUAUUAAACGGUUCUUCCGCGUAUUCUAAAAUCCAUGAUAGAUCGGACAACGAUAAUGAAGAAACACGAUUAUUGAGAAGAUAUUGGAAUGAUCAAGCUAAUAUCAAAAGACCUCAUAUUGAUCGUAAAACUGGAUUCGAUGGAAGGGUUCGAAAAAUCAAUGUUGAACCGAAUGAGAAUGGUCCAGGAAUUAGAGCUUAUGGUUUGCCGAGAAAACAUGUUGAAGAUAAUGGUUUGAUCGAGAGAAUUAAUCUUGUGGAAUCCGAAAUAAACGAUGAUCGAUCGCGAAAUGCUCGAGUUGUUGAAGCAUACGGUAUGUCUAAAAAGCAAUUAGACAACAACGGUGAAAUUGAAAGAUUACCACCCUUAGUUAUUGCAAAAAAUGAAGAACCAAAAGAACAUUCAUUCGGAAGAAUUCCAAGAUCGAUUUCUGAAGAAAAUAAGGGCGAAUCGAACGAUCUAGAGGCACAAAAUUCUAAAGUCUUCAGACCACUUUUCGUCUACAGACAACAAGUGGCAAGAAAACAACAGCUAAGGAACCAAAAGGAUUUCUAUCGUCCACCAUCUUCACAGAGAGAUUACAAAUUGUGGGACCGUCGUAAUAUUGUUUAUUGAUCCGAUUAGAUCAUUAAAAGUGUUAUUUUUUUUUUAUAUGCAUUCGCGUUAAUACAUUCUACCAAAAAUUAA